AUGAUAAUUAAGAAAGAUAAAACAAACGGUGCUAAUAAUCAAACAAACAACUAUUUCGAUAGUAUAAUCGAUGAUUGGAACAGGAUUGUACAGUCUCGAGGUAUUGAGAGAACACAAAAGUCAAAUGAUCCCGAAACAACCCCCAAUAAUCCAACUACUGAAGAGCUUGCUACAGAAUCUCCAUCACAAAAUUUUCAAAAUCCAUUUUCCACUAAUUCUUCUGAAAUAGGGUCACCCUCAACAAGUUAUACUAAUAUGACAACACCAAACAGCUCUGUUAAGAAUAAUGAUUCACCAUAUAUCGGCAGUUCAGUAAGCGAGAGAAGUAAUACUUUCAGGGUUUUGGAUUUCGACAAUACAACACCAAUCAAAGCCCAUCUCUCAGGUCAAGAUUUGGAGCCUCAAAAAUCUGACUUAGGAAACACGGCUCUUAUUUCACCUCUUUCACUACCUUUAAAAACACUGGCAAUUUCAAAUCAAACAAGGCAAACAAAGAAGGAAAAUCGAAAUGAAGAGGAAAACAAUUCAUUUGAAAGCCCAUCCCUACUCUCCUUCUCUGAAGGAUCACCCUCCAGGCUGAUUUCAAACUCGCCAACCUAUUUAACUGCAUUUUGUCAAACUGAUUUUGAUGACAGCUCAUCAAAUGCCUCUGAACAUAUUCAGUAUGGUGAGGAUUUGUCUGAAAAGGAUUUAGCACAAAAAAGAAUGAAAAGUUUAGUUAUGCAGAAUGAAGACCUCCUUCACCAGCUAUCGGUAGUGCUAAGUAGAAAUGAAGAACUCCGCAAGGCUCUUCUUUUUUCUGAAAGUAAAAGCUCAAGUGACGAAAAGGAGGACCAAACUGGGAAAGAGGAAAAAGACAAAUACGAGUCCACAAUUAACAAGUUAAAAGAAGAUCUAGAAAAAGAAAAAUCAGAAAACAUAAGAAUCCAACAAUUACUUGUUCCUGCUUUACAGGAUGAGUCUAAAAAUCAGAUCCAAGUUGAAAGAAUGAAGACAGAGAUUAAAUCUCUUCAAGAAACAAUUGAAAAAAUGAAUAUGGUCGUUAUGGAAUCUAACAAAAAAACAGAGGAUAACUUUAGAAAAAACGAGGCCAAUCUACUUUUACAACACCACAACAAGCAGUCAGAGUUAGAGAAAGAUAAAAAAAAAUUAGAACAAGAAAAUGCAAUACUUUUAAUGAGAGUUAGAGAGUAUGAAGAAAUAUUGAAAUCUCAAAAAUAUUCGUCUGAAACUCAAAAUAUUGAUUUUGGCAGGAUGUGGAAAGAAAAAAUGGAUAAGACAAAUGAGGAACAUUUGAACUACAUUCAAAAGAUGAGUAAAGAAUCAAGAGAAAAUGAAUAUACUCUUAAGAAAUUGUUGGAAGAUCAAACUAUUGAAAAUGAAGCCUUGAAGAAACAAUUAGAAAAUGAUUCUAAAGAUAUUAAAAUAGAAGAAACCAGUUUCAUAAAAGAAAGAAUGGAAAAAAUGUCCAGAGCCUAUCAAAUUCAACUUGAAACCUUGUACAAAACAAUAGAAGAUUUGAAAUUGAAAAAUCUCCAACUCAAUCAAGAAUUUGAAUUUGAAAAAUUAGAGCUACAAUCUCUUCAGGAACAAUUAAAAGAAUCAACGAAAAUAAUUACAAUUGUUUUAGAAGCAGAAAAGUAUGCUCCAAAAAAUGUUAAACAAAUUGAAGAACGUAUUUAUGAAAUCGAAGAGUUAUUACAAUAUAACGAAAGUAAUAUGGAAGAAAAGAAACUUUGCGAAAUUUAUGAAGAAGUUAGCGAUCUAUAUUGCAAAAUUUAUAGAUAUGAAAAAGCAGAAAAUAUGACACUUAAAUAUAUUGAAUUAAGUAGUAAAUUAUAUGGUAAAUCUACUCUUGCACUUGGUAAUGCAUACCAUAAAUUGAGUGUCAUAAAUGUAGCUGUUGACAAGUUAAAACCAGCUUAUCAAUAUCAAUCUGAAUGUAUCAGAAUCAAGACUACAUCAUUUUUGGAAAAAAAAUCAAAAGAGUUAACAUUUGACCUGUCAUCAGAAUGGAAUUAUUUGGGGGAGAUUGCAAUGAAACAAGGUAAUUUAACAGAUGCCAAAAAAACAUUCCAAAAGUCUGUCAAGUUAUUCGAACAAACAUUAAAUCCAAUCUACCAAAAAGAAGAACGAGAAAUAAGAAAUGAUUAUGAAAAAGCAAAAAAUAUUUCAAAGCCAUUUAUGGAAAUCAAAGAUGCUCCAAUCAAAGAGUCUGCUGAAUAUCUCAAAUACAAAUCAACUAUGCCAAAAUCAAAUAUUAGAGAAUUAGAAUUUGUGCCAAUUGAUUUGUUAAAAUCAUUAGAUAAUUUGGGAACUGUUCAAUAUCGUUUGAAAGAAUAUGAAGAUGCCUACGUUACUUUCAGUAGAGCUGUCCAAUAUCAACACCAUUUUGACAAGGUAUCAGACAAUGUCAUUUCUCAAGAAGCAUUUGAAAUUAUUGGAAAUGUUUAUUUGAAUAUGGCAAAUUGUGCGCUAUAUCUGGAAAUGUCUGAAAAAGCUGAAGUGUUAUAUCAAAAUGCCAUCACUUUUAUUGAAAAAGUUUUGGGCAGCAAACAUCCAAAGAUUGGUAGCUUGUUAUACUCUUUGGGGGUCUUGUAUGCAUCAAAGGGGGACUUUGACCACUCUGAAGAAUUUACAAAGAGGGCACUCGAAGUCUUUUCCAUGACCGACUCUGAAAUGGAUCUACCUCAUGGUGAACAAAUUCGUAAACUGUUGGAAACUGGUAAAUGUUAUCUCACACUAGGAACACUAUAUUUGAAUAAGAAGGAUUUCUCCAAUGCGGAGGAUAUGCUUAAACGUUCAUUAGAUAUCCACAAUAAGAUGAAAUCUGCUGGAUCUCAAGAUUCAAAUACUACAUUCGAUAUUGCCUUCAUUUUGAAUAGUUUGGGUAAAAUCUCAGAACAAAAGAACUUACCAGAAGAAGCCCUUGCUUAUUACCAAAAGGCUUACAUUAUUGCCAAGUCAAUUAAGGAAGGAAAUAAUCACGUUGUUGCAACUGCAUUGAUGAAUAUUGGUAAAUUCUUUUUCAAUCAAGAAAAUUAUGAAGAAGCUGAAAAACACUAUGUCGCUUCUUAUAAAGCCUAUGAUGCAUCUUUUCCAACUCAAUACCAUCCAGAUGUUGGUGAUUUAUGCUUGGAAUUGGGUAAAACCUACUUGAAAAUGAAUAUGAAUGAAAAAGCCAAGAGAAAAUUUGAAGAAUCACGUGAUGUGUAUUUAGGUUAUGAGCUUCCAACCAGUUCCAAAUUGGAUCUUAUUUUUGGUUAUAUUGAAUCAACCUCUCAACUUGUAAAUCAAGAUUUACAAUCCAGACUCGACAAUACCAAUCUGUCACCAAAAGAAAAGGAGAAACUUAAUCAAGAUAUCGAAUUUGAAAAGCACCGAGAUAAAGAUAAUAAUGUAAGGGAACAAAUUGUCACUCUCAAACGUAAACAAAUCAGUAAUCAAUAAACCAACCUUGCAGAAAGGAAAUGAGG